AUUGUCGAUAGUGGUAUCGAUUUUUAGCUGUGAAGGAGUUGUAUCGAGUGGGAAUUUUAACUUAUUGUUGUAUUUAAAGGGAUUAAUGUAUGUUUUUCUCAUGCAGUUGGCGUAACAAACGGAAAUGGGCGGUAUGGUACGGGCGGAAGGAGUACGUCUGCUGGAGCUCACAUGUCUGCAGGAAGCCCUAGGACCAUUAUUGGGAUGCCCUUGUUGUUGUUCUGGGCAGCUGCAGCUGCACGAAGAUGUUCGGCGGUCCAGUGGACUGUAUUCAGCAUUAUGUUUUGCAUGCCAGGCAUGUCAUCAUCGUCUCCCUUUGCAUUCUUCAUGUCGUUCAGGUUCGCAGGGCUGGCAGGUUAAUGUGUACACACAACAAGUUAAGGCUCAGCUCGGACUCGGUGAAGAUAUGUUACGCGAUCUCUUUCGUAUUUAUCAGAUACCGUAUCGAGCACGUAAUGCAUCUGAAGACUGUUCUUCAGGUGAUACUGAUGCACUGCUUGACUGCUUCCUCGAUAGAGGUGAUGCUUUUAGAAGCUUUGUGUGCUCUCUCUGUGAUCAGACUUUUGAAUGUGUAAAAAUGUUGAAACAACACAUGGGUUUACAUACUGUGCACAGUAUAGAAUGUUUAGAUAGUGUUAACAUGAUGGGCUCCCUAGACCGAUCAAGUAAUCAACAGGAAGACGCUCUGCAUGUGCCAAUCGAAUCAAUUGUAAAUGAAGCAGCUCUCAAUUUUCCGAGCCCAGAUGUAGAAAAAACUUUGCAACUUUCACCAAAGGAAGAAGUAUUCACAUCGUCAGCAUGUAAUCAGAGGUUUGAGGGGUUAGAUUUGCUUGAACAAAACCUUAAUGGAGAUAGUCUGCAUAGUACUUUUGAGUACACAGAGAGUUUUGAGGAAGCAACAAGUAAUUUCUCAGAAUCACUUAGCCAGCCAGUAAAAAGUGAACUUGCACAAAAUAGUUCCAGACCAGGCAUUUCGGGGAGCAAAUACCUUUCUUGUAAUUCAUCACCUGACAGUAGUUCAGCUGUCUCAGCUAGCCAAAAGCUUACAUGCUCUGUGCUGGAACAACAGUCCGUCUCACACAUAGAGCAGAAGAUCCCAUGUGUUGAUGUGAAUUCUUUGCAUUUAGCAAAGACAAACCACAGUUCUGAGCAAGAAGAGAAAACUGCCCUGGAAAAUAAUAUAGAUGCAAUUGUAAUAAACACAGCUCUACAAUUUCAGACCUCAACUAUUGAAAAUAAUGGUAUGUUAAAUAAACAUACACAAAAUAAUACAUCCGAUUCUUCUGAGCUACAAUUGUCUACUAUAAAUACUUUAAAAAACAGUGAUUGCAAUAACAGCAACAGCAAUGCGUUCUCAAGUUUGGAUAAUGGACAUGGUUUAAAUAGUGGAAUGGUUGAAACAGUUAAUAUCUCUGUCGACAGUUCAGUCAAAGUUGAAACUCGAGCAGUUGAAUUUAGUUCCUUAACUGAUAAACUGGGAGUCUCACCAACAGAGACUGACAAAGGUGGUUUAGACAACUGCAGCAUUAUGGAUUUUACGUGUAAAAUAUGUGGUCAGACAUUUAAACGUGUGGGUGCACUGAAGCAACACAUGGUACAACAUAAUAGUGGUGGAAGAUAUGUGUGUAGUGAAUGCUCUUCUACUUUUGAUGAUGACAUUCAGUUAAAAAAACAUGUAGGUGAAGUCCAUGCCAAAAGUAAAUACAGUUGUUCAGUUUGUGGGAAAAUCUUCAAAAAAGCCUUCAACCUUGUGCAGCAUGCAAGAACCCACACAGGUGGAGAUAAUAGGAGCGAAGAGAUACACACCUCAGUUUACAGACUUCGAGAAACUACAAGUUAAGUUCAGAGUUCAGUAAUCAUGAAAAGUGGUUACAUUUUAAUUUGGUGGAUUUAGUUUGAAUAUGUUGAAAACUGUCAGGUCAGUCUUGUUAAUAAUUUCUAAGUUUCAGGUGCCAUCACAUCACAAAAACUAUAUUCAAAAUUAAUAUGACUCCAAAUUGCAAAUAUGUACAGCACUGACAACAAUAGGGACCAGAAGUGAAGCAGAGGGGUAGGCAAGGAGGAUGACGAACAGAGUGGGUGGCAAUUAAUUACGUGUAGUAUCUACGUGGUGGACUACAAACAAAGUUAAGUACUUUCAAAUUUUUUUCUGUUUUGUUCCAUAAUGAUAGGCAGUAUGUUAAGGUCAUGUGACCUGUGAAACAAUAUUUCUCAUGUGUGUUUGGCUGUUAAAAUUGAUAGUAAGAACAAUGAAGUGACAAUUGUAAGAAAUGAGAUCAUGAAGCUGAAUAAUUUGACUGCAAAACUAAGAAAGGAACUUACAGCAGAUCUGAUGCAUGGUUAGGUCCUGUAAAAAUCAUUGUUGUAAAAGUAAAAUUAGAUCAGAUAAAUAAUGUUAAAACUGCUUGUAAACUGUAGAAAAUUUAGUUUUGCAAGCAAGCUUUAUGCAUAUAAUAAAUGAAACCCACAGGCUAUGAAAGUAUUAACAGAAACUGAAGUAAAAACCUUGAAAUUACUUCUGUCAUGAUAUCCUUCUUCAGUAGCUGUUGGGUGUACAUAAACCUGGAGUAUUUCAAAUGUAGUUACACAGCAGUAAUCAUGUGAAGUACAUUUAUUAUCUGUCGAUAACAGCAUGUGUGGUUCUCUAAAUGAAAUUUGGAUUCAGUUGGUUAAGGCAGAGAAAUUUUGAACCAUGGUUACGCUACAGGUAUUUCAUACUGAUAUGCUUGUGUAGCGGAGGAGUUGUCUUGCAUUUUCAGAGGGCACAUUUUGGCUGUGUUUGAGAAGUAGUUUUUACUGUGCUGUUUGGUCCCCAAAGAAGUUCCAUAAACACAAAAUUUGGAAUUACUUGGGGAAGAUUUGUACUUUAUUUGUAACUGAAAAUGAAGGAAGUCAGGCUUGUAAGGUUUCUAUUAUCUCUUUCAAGAUCUAUGGUCAGCAGUUGAAUAUAGGGAGAACAUUGAUAAUGAUUUGUUAUGAGGAGUAAAUAUUAAGCUGAAAAUUUCAAACCUACAGAACGCCUGUUUGUUAUAUCAAGCACUUUUAACUAUAAAAGAGGAGUAGCGUGAGGAGAUUAUUUGUUAGAUCACAUAUGUAAUAUUUGAAAGCUAAAACAGGUGAGAAUUACACUGAGGUAACAAAAAUCAUGGGAUACCUCUUAAUAUCAUGUCACACCUCCUUUUGCCAAGUGUAGUGUAGCAGCUCAGUGUCAAGGACUCAAUAUGUCCUUGCAAGUUCCCUGUAGACAGCACCAGAGGGUCGUCUAUACAGCCGUCCAUAAUUGCAAAAAUAUUGUCAGUGCAGGAUUUUGAGCAUGAACCGAUCUCUGGAAUAUGCUCCAUAAAUCUUCGAUGUGUGGCCAAAUCAUUCACGCAAAUUGUCCAGAAUGUUGUUGAGGCCAUUUGUGAACUGUUGUAACUUGUGACACGGCGCAUUGUCAUCCAUAAAAAUUCCAUCAGUGAAUGGCUACAAAUGGUCUCCAAGUGGCCAGACAUAAUCAUUUUCAGUCAUUGAUCGUCUCAGAUGGACCAGAGGUCCCAGUCUAUUUCAUGUAAACACAGCACACUCCAUUGCGAAACCACCACCACCUUGCCAAGUGCCUUCUUGACAACCUGGGCCCAUGGCUUUGUGAGAUAUGUGCCACCCUCAAACCCUACCAUCAUCUCUUACUAAAUGAAAUCAGGGCUCAUCUGAUCAGUUUAUGGUUUUUCAGUCGUCUUGAGUCCAACUGGUAUGAUCACGAGCCCAGGAGAGAUGCUUCAGCGAUGUUGUACUGUUAGCAAAGGCACUCACGUUGGUCGUCUUCUACCAUAGCCCAUAGCAAACGUCACUGAUCUCAGUCCUUAAGCUAAGGCCAUCAGCCACUGCAUUGUCCAUGGUGAGAGGUAUGCCUGAAAUUUGGUAUACUUAACAUACCGUUGACAUUGUGGAGCUAAGAAUGCUGAAUUCCUUAACAAUUUCUGAAAUGAAAUGUACAGUGCGCCUAGCUCCAGCUAUCAUUCCACAUUCAAAGUCUGUUAACUUCCGUAGUGUGGCCAUAAUCAAGUCGGAAACAUUACCCAAGUACAAAUAACAGCUCCACCAAUGAACUGCCAUGUUAUAACUUGUGUAUACGAUACUACCAUUUGUAUUUGUGCAUAUCGCUAUCCCAUAACUUUAUGAUCUCAGUGUAUGAAGUUGUCAUUUUUGUAAGUGGUGAACAAGUGAUGGAUGAUGUAGAGUGUUGAUACACUGUGAUGUAUCUUAUAAUGUGGAGACAGUAGGUUUUGCAUUUAUGGUGAAAUAUGAGAAGUUGUUUAAGUGUAUUAAGAUGACAUGAUGAGAUAGGAUUAUGUACGUGCUGUGAUGAUGACAUGUAGAGAUUUUCUUCACUGUUUGAUAAGAUAUUGAUGAAAUGUAGGAUGUAUUAUAGUAUUUUGAAGAUAAUAAUUAUGAUGAGGUUGCUGUGUGUUACGGAAUUUUAUUCUGCACUGUGGUGUGUGAUGAUCCGUUACGUUAUAUAGUAAAUAUUUGUGCUAGGUAAUAAGAUGUAGGUUUGUACUGUGUGUCUGAUAGGAAUGUGAAAACGUAUAACAACAUUUAAUGAGUUUAUAAUA